AUGUUCAAACUGUGAGUUUUGAGCGGGUUAUACUGUUAUUCUGUCAUAUCAUGGAGCUGAAAGUGAGAUCACUAGGCCGGGUUCAAGCCGGGCAGGGCUGAAUCAGGCCGAACUGGGCCGCGCUAAGUUAGUUGGGCCGGGCUAGACUGGGCCGAUCCGGACUAGGCUGGUCUGGGUCGGUCUGGGCUGGGCCGAACUAGGAUGGACUGGACCGGAAUAAGUUGGGCUGGGCUGGGCUGGGCUAGGCUGGGCUGAGCUGGGCUGGACUAGGCUGGUCUGGGCCGGGGUAGGCCGGACUGGGCUAAGCUAAUCCGAGCUAGGCCGAACUGGGCUAAGAUGAUCCGGACUAGGCUAGACUGGGCCGGGAAAGACUGAGCUGAUGAAAUGUGUCUUCCUGACCAAGAACCUAAUGUUAAAAAUGUCAUUUUCAGAAUCUGCCUCGCUGUAUUGGUAUGCGCCGCUGCCGCUCAAUACUCGGUAAGUAUCUUUAAGUUAGUCUGCUACUAAAAAAGGCCCAUAGUCUAACGAUAAGGCUACUUCUAAGAAGAUAGGACCAUUCUAAACAAAGUAAGACAGUUUCUGAAAAGAUGGGACCAUUUAUAAUAGGUGCCGACAUAAAGAACCCGCCAUUUUUUACAAGAAAUUACAGGCAUAGUAUGGCGGGUUCUUUAUGUCGGCACCUGAUAAAAAUGUAGGGCUAUUUCUAAGAUAUAUUUAUUUACCCUUCCAGAACUACGGUACCUACUCCCAACAAGGCUACCCCUCUUCAUACUCGUCCAGCCAAUACAACCCAUACUGUGACCCCUCCCUCUUCGGUGGACAAUCCUCGUACGGUGGUUAUGGCCAACAACAACAAUAUGGCCAAUACGGACAAUCUGGCUAUGGUCAAUCGGCUUACGGUAGCUCAUACGGUCAGCAAUACAGCCCAUCUUCAUACUCUUCAUCAUCAUACAGAGGACGACGAAUGGCUGUACCAGUUGGACCAGUCUUCUAA